AUGACAAAUAAUGUUAGGUUAUUCACUGACUCCAAGACGUGGUCGGAAGCACAGGACGAAUGCAAGAACCAUGAUAGUAAUCUUGUAACCAUAGAAACUCAAGAAGAAAAUACAUGGCUGAAAGGCAUCCAAUUCACACAAAAUAACCCUUGGAUUGGAGCAUAUACUGAUGAUGCACGGACCGUCUGGAGAUGGGUGUCGGACAACUCUACACUUACAUAUACAGACUGGCGACCGGGUGAACCUAAUGAUGUGGGUGGUAACGAAGAUUGUGUUCAUUUGAAGUCCGAUGGAUGGAAUGACGGAAGAUGUUCAAUUGCGUUCGCAUUUAUUUGCGAAAAACAAGGUUAGUACAUAUAUUAAAUGUCUUACAUAAUUACAUACACUGUAAAAACAUUUCAUUGUUGACAUAAAAGUAUGAAAUCUGAUAUCAUUUUGUUGAUGGUUGCCCUGGUGACCUUAUAAUGAACAUGAUAUAGCUCUAUACUGAAUCACCAGAUUGUUUGACAAAAACCUUCUUUAACGAUGCUACAUCACCGACAUCGUAUACACUACUUCUCAUAAAUACAUGUAUACAACAAUCAAUAUUGUAUACAUUACCUUUGUCGGAGAUGUAGCACCUUUAAUGGAGUUUUUUGGGACAAAAGCAUAUUUACAAAGAUAAAUCAGAUAUGAAAAAAUAGAAUCAAACCUCAACUAAUAUCUCAAAAAAAUAAUUUGUUUUAAUUCUUAUGACUUUUCGAUGGAAUGAUCAAAAUAAUUAUUAAAAAAAAAUACUUUUAAAGAAAAUCUACAAAAAAAAAAGUUUAAAAACAACCUUGAAUUGAGGAAUUUGAAAUGUCAUAAUAUUUAUUCACGUGAUAAACAUUGUUUCAUUCUGUUGUAUGUGCUAUACUCUUUAUUUACUCUUUAGUGUAAAUAACCAUGAAGCUUGCUUUAUUCUAACCUAGCGAUUUCUCUUGUAUUUAACAGCAUCACUAUGAAGCAAAGUAAAUUUAAAAAUUGACCAAUUUAGGGUUAUUUUGUUCAUUUUGCUUUUGAAUUUGUAAAAUGUUAUAAAUCUUUAUCAUUGUAAUGUUGAUGUGAUUCCGUAUAAAGGUGCAUUAUUGAUCAGUAAAAUAAUAUAAUUAAUUAUAUCAAUGUUUCUAUUAUAAGAACUAUACAGUAUAUAACUGUGCAUUGGCAACAUUCACGUAUCUAAUGAAAUGAAUAGAAAUCAAUUCAUAAUAUUGAUUGAUGUAAUAGAUGCAAAUAUUGAAAAACGACUUGAUAUAGUGUCUAAAGAUAUUGAUCCUUUUCUUAUGUUGUUUAUUUCUGUCAGAUUAUGUAUUUGUUGAUAUAUACUGUUGUAACAAUAAAGAAUCAUUAAGUAUCAUAAAGAAUGUAUAAUUAUUAUGUGAGAACAUAACCGUUCAAGAUGGAAAAUAUUUACAGUAAUCAUAUGGAUAUGACUUAUUUGAGAUAUAACUUCAUUAUUUUUGGUCAUUUUAAUAAUGUGAGCACACUCUUGAUUUAAUUAUCUAAUUCAAAUGUACAUACAUUGUUAUUAUUUGAUUAUUUUGAUAUGAUCGUAUCAUGCUUAAAUCAUUUAAAUUACAAUGUAGCUUAAAAUGUAAUCCCAUUACAUCAAACAUGAUGUCAUUGGUUGUAACGUUGAUUUUGAUUGGUCAGAAUAAUUUCGCAGCAAUUUUACAUUCAGAAGAAAGAAUCUGUUACGGUAAGUAAAAUAUACCGAAUCAUAAAUUGAGUAAUUUAUUUCAGUUUCGUAGUUAUAACCAUUGAUACCACCUUCGAGGUUAUCUAGAGUAAACUUUUUUCUCAAUACCGUAUCUACUUCUACUGAAAUGAAUCAUAACUAUCUCAAAGAAAUAUAAUAUUAAUAACAAUAUGUCUAAUUCAGGUAUGAAAUGGAUCUUUUAAUCGAAAUUCAAAUGAGUAAUUAUAUAAUUGAUUGAUAAAGUCAACCCUUUUUAAAAUGAUUUAUUGAACAGUUUAAAUAUUAAUUUGUUUUUGCUUUGUUUUUGUUUUUUGUUAUUUGUCAGGCGAGUCUCUGGUGCCGCGAAUACGUCUCUCAGAACUUGUGAAAUCCUGUUUAUCCAAUCGAAUAAGGAAGUUUGUCCAGGUGAUCCCGUAGGAUUCUCUAGUCCAAUCAUUGUGUUGACGAAUCGCGGCGAUGAGAUACCUUUGUACUAAGGCCAUAAGUGAACUUUAUGUCAUCAAAGACGGCGGUUCCUGACUAUUGGAUGCUGAUUAUCUGAUUCUCUGUCACCUAUGCUUUAUUUGAAAAACACCUUCAAAAUUCAGUUUCUUUAGGAUUCCUCCGAUAUAGAUUCGACGUCGGUGUGGAUGCCAUAGCUAGCAUGACAUUGUAACACCUACCUACGUAUUGAUGUUUGACAUCAUGAAGUGCCAUGUCUAUUUUUUCACAUCAUGAGGACUAAGCGUUACGGAAAAGACAUACCAUAUAUUAUGCCUUCUCAACAAACACAGCGCUGAAGCAUUAUUGAUAGAAAUGUUUAAGUUUAGUAUAUUCUAUAAAAAAUGUCUUGAUCGACACUUACCAACAGAACACUAAGUGAAUAAUAAAGAAUGAUAACUGGUGGUCACAAGGAACAGUGGGUAUUACAAAAACUAUACAAAUAUUUCUCAGUUUUAGUUUUUUCACGUUUUCCAAACAUAGGUGGCAUUCCAAGGUUUUCCAGAGGUUUUUUUUAAAGACUCAUUGAGUUUUAUCUCUGGUUUUUUAUCCUGGGUGCGGAGGAGGUAUAUACUAAAUUUAUUGAUCUAAAGUAAAGCGAAACUGUGCGAUCAUGUACAAUGUACGAUAUGCAAUAUUCAGUGAUGUUGUAUUGUUAUUGUGUCAUAAUUUUAAUCAAUAAAUGGCCGAUUUAUUGUCCAUUGAACAGGCUACCGAUAUCUAAGUUAUUUAACUUUUGAAGUGGUUGUUUUGUUGAUAAUCUUCCCGCGUGAUCACACAAGUGAGUCACGAGUAUGGUCAUAUGACUGAGCUACAGGUAUGGUCAUAUGACUGAGUUACAGGUUUGGCCAUGUGACUGAUGUAAAGGUAUGUCUUAUGACUCGGUUACAGGUAUGGUCAUAUGGCUGAGUUAAAGGUAUGUCUUAUGACUCAGUUACAGGUAUGGUCAUAUGCCUGCGUUACAGGUACGGUGAUACGACUGAGCUACAGGUAUGGUCAUAUAACUGAGUUACAGGUAUAUUCAUAUGACCGAGUUACAGGUUUGGUCAUGUGACUGAGUUACAGGUAUGGUCAUAUGAAGUAUGUGACCACAGGUAAUGGGUCAUAUUAGGGCUUUAUUUUCAAUGAUCAUGCAACUACGAUAUGUAAGUCUGAAUACGAUAAUAGAGUGGUUAAUAAGGUCACGUGAUGCGUUACUCAUGCUACCGAUUUAAAGCUGGACAUUAAGCAGAGGGCAACAAACACCAAUAUUACGGAAAUAAGAAAUCCGACAUGUGAACGAAAUCAUAACUGACCUCAAUAAUGUAUUAAUCGACGACAUUCACCAAGGAAUUCUAGAUCUGUCAAGGUUUUGUCACAUCCUAAAUGUGAGAACCAGGUUGGUAGCCAUGGGGCAAACAAUAUAUCUGACGUCUACGGUUUGUAUUGGGGGCAUACUUUAUAACCUCAUGGGCUACCUAUAUAGGAGAAUUGUGUUCAUUUUAAACACCAAUAAAUAUCUGAUACAAAAUGUUUUUGUGGACAUGUAGUUUCUUAUAAUCCCCAAUAAUUUGCUAUAUACGCUAACAGAUUAUUCUGAUGAGCUAUUGUAUGGUUAGAAUAAGCAGGCAUCAUUCUAAGUCACACAAAUAAUAAAACCUGAAAAAUAGCCACGCUGUUAUGCUCCUAAGUGUUACAGGAAAUGAUACAGGAAAGACCGGAUUUAGCUUUAUUUACAUAAAACCCCUUCAACUGAUUUGACAUAGAAAUGCAAAUGGCGACUGUAAAUAGUAUUGCACAAAUGUGGCUGACCUAUCAACCAAUAAAAAUGAUCAUAUAUCAUACUACUAACUACUAUGAUAUAUGACAUUUGAUCACAAUAAGAAGGAUGUUUUCAAGACAAUUCGUUAAAAUGUUGAGUUUGGGGCCUUUUUCAGAAAGAUGCUUCUUUUACCUCAAACUCAGGGUUGACUAAUUUUGCAUAAAAACAAUCUUCUAUCCAAGUUCAGAGUUCUUAAUAGUGUCGAAGAAGAGCACAUUUUAUUUUUGAAAUGCCUCCUUAUGCCAUAUUUAUGUGACAUUAUUCACAACCGCCAUAUUUCCAUUUUACGGUCAAAAUAUAAUCAGUGUUUGUAUAUAUAAAGUCAAAACGAUGCUCCUAUGGUGUGUUAUAUACACUUGUGAGGAAAACGGCAAGUAAAGGUUAUUUGUGCUAUAUAUUUGAUACAAAUGAGCUAAUUGUGUCCCCCUGAAACACGCACUUAUGUCAUCUUUUGUUUAAAUUUCCAAGCAGCUCAACAGCAAGGUGUUCAUUUUCAACAUGAGCUUUAUGUUCAAAGUUCAGUUUUGGAUUUGUCCCAUACACAUCAUGUGGACUAAGCGUUACCGGACAGGCAUACCACCUGUGGCAUAAUUGAGAGAAACCUAAGAUUUAAGCAUAAUAAUUCUGUAAAAAAGCAUCAAGAUCCACACUUGCCAAUAGAAAACGAAGUGAAUAAAUCUUUUGAGACCUGGUGGAAGUGGAUAUUACCAAAAAAUUUAUCCAAAAUAUUUCACAGUUUUGAUGUUUGGUUGGUCUUUCUCAAAGAUAUAUAGCAUCCCAAGGUUUCCCAGAGUUUUUCUUAGACUCGAUGAGUUUUAAGGUUUUUUUUUAUCCUGGAUGCAAAGAUUUAAAGUAAAGAGUGCGAUCAUGUACAAUAUACGAUAUAUAGAGGUUACACAACGAGUGGUUGUUUGAUAUGGAAUUCAUUUCACUCGAGUAUGUUAUUGUUUUAAAGUUACAAAUGACAUGAGCUUAAGUAACUUACGAGUGUGAAAUAAAUUCCAUAUCCAAAAAUAACGAGUCGUUUGACCUAUUUCACCACUAUGAUAUCGGCUUAAAUCCAAGGGGAACGUGGCCGAGUCUAAUUUUGCGUAUGCAAAUAAUGUGUACAAGUGACGGCCGGGACCCGGUGAUGUGACGUCAUUCGAUUAUUGAUGACGUUAAUACCAAUUUGCAGUUCGUGUCAAAGUUCGAAUUAUUUUCUAAUCAAAAUACCGGACGGUUAUUCCACUAGUGGAAUAAAUCAUACAUAUCCGACAGUCAGCACAUUUAUACAGUGGCCUGAAAGUGAAAUAACACUGCGUAUUGUGGUAGAAACAAUAUUCAUUGAUGUAUAUUUUAUUGUUAUUGUGUGAUAAAUUAUAUGUUAAUAAACGGUUGUUCCAUCGUCACAGAACAGCCUAACGACA